AUGGAUCGCCGGGAAAUAGUCAGUGAGGUAACGCCGGCGUCCAAACCCUCGGCGGUGGAAGCAUCGCCGCCAAUCUCAGCUUCAGAGACCUUCACAGUAAACUUGAUAUGCGGACUGAGUCUGGCUCUAGCCUUCUAUAUAUCCAACAGUCUCUACUCCAUCGAUCUCGUUACCGAUCCUUCUCUCACUCUAUUCCUCAUUUCGAUUAUAGAGCUUCCGAUCGUGAUCCUUCUAUACAGUCGCUAUCGGCAGAAUCGUCAACAAUGCUCGUACCUACGAGCCGUUGGAAGAGGUGUUCUAGGAGUGCCAGUAGGAGCUUUACUAAAUUCAUUAGGAGCUAUUGCUUUGGGGGCACCGGUUACCUUUCAGUGCCUGCCCAAGACUCUAGCUUGGUCUCUUAUGAUGUCAUUGUUCACAACAGUUCCAGCAUCAUGUGUUCUUGGUUCAUCAUGGGCUGACUGGAAACGGAUAUUUGCGCACACAAAGCCGAAUGGAUCUAUUGAGUACCUGAUUUGUUUACAAGCCCAUGGAGCAGUAAUAGGGGGAUGGUUUGGGGCCUGGCCAAUGCCACUUGACUGGGAGAGGCCCUGGCAGGAAUGGCCUAUUUCUGUAAGCUAUGGAACAUUGGCUGGUUACCUAGUGGCAUCAGUUGCAUCAUUAGGCUUUGUUCUUGCUCAUCGUAGUAGGUUGCAACAUGUCAAAAAUGAAUGA